UAUUACUUCUAUUUCUCUCUCACUCAUGCACUCAUUUUCUUUUCUUUUUCUUUUCUUGUUCUGUCUUUCUCUCUUUCUCUUUUUUCUCUCUCUCUUAUUGUAUCCUCUCUCUCUUUCAAAUAUCGAGCUCCCCCUGCUUUCCCUUACACACAAACACAUGCAAACACAAACACACACCUCUUUCUCACUCUCUCUCUCUUUCUCUCUCUGUCUUCUCUUCCACUCUACCCCCCCCCUCUCUUUCUUCUCUUUCACCCUCCCUCCUCUCUCUCUCUCUCCCUCUCUCUCCCCAGGCUCUCAGCUCCUGCCUCUAUUUUUAUCCUCGCCCCGCCCCUCCCCUGUCGCUCGGCAGCUAUUUCCAGCUCUGUGAAGCAGCCCAGUCUGUUUGUAAACUCCACGGCUCCACUCUGCUGCUCUCUCUUUCUCUCUCUCUCUUUCUCUCUCUCCCUCGCUCUCUAUUGCUCUCUCGCUCGCUUGAUCACUCCUGUGCCCCCCACAUGCAGCAGAGGGAGGGUGUGGGCAUCAGUUGCAACCAAACAAAUCCAAACUAGCGGAGGACAGAGAGGCUGUUUGGGUUUUUUUCGUGCGACUCGACCGCGACAGAACGACCGCGACAGAUCGACCGCGGUGGCUCAACGUGCUUUUAUUUUUUGGGAACUACUGUAGCUUCUCAGUCUCUCUCUCAUUCUCUCUAUUCUUCACCUCCAUUCUUCUCAAUCUCUCAUUUUUCUCUUUCUCUUUCUCCCAACCUUACUCACACGUCUCUGUCCCCUUCAUCUCUCUCUCUACUUCUUGUCUGCACUCUUUCUCUCUCUGUUUCUCUUUCUAUUGCCCUCUUAACCUCUUACUCUUUCUCUCUUUCUCUCUCUCUCUCUUUCCACACCCCGUCCGUUUCUCUCCCUCUCUCUGUUUCUACCUCUCUUGCUCUGUCUCUCUUUCUCUAUUUAUCCAGGUUAUAUAUCUUGCUUUCUCUCACUCAUUCACUCUCUCUGUUUUUUCUCUUUCUCUUUCAAUCCUUCUUUCUCUCUCCCUCUCUCCAUUUCUUGUCUGCUGCUAGUUCUAUCUCACUCUCUCUCCUUUACUCUGUCUGUUUCUCUUUCCCUUUUCCCCUACCUCUUACUCUCUCUCUCUCUCUCUAAUUCUCGCUCUGCACCCCCUCCGUCUCUCUCUCUCUCACCCUCUCUCUCUCUCUCUCUCUCUCUCUGUGAUCUCAUUUGCUGCUCUCACCGCAAGGAAAAGAAGGCAUCCAGUCAAACUCCGGACUUACCGCAGACACAGCUCAGGAACCGUGCCGGAUACGAGCGCGCAGUAGUGAACGGAAUAAUGACAGACGCUCUCGUUUGAGCCUCAGCAUGAAUUAACGUCUCUUUCCCGCUUCAUCCCAGAGCUGAACUGGGAGCUAAUGGGAAUCUUCUAAGCGGAGACUGAAGGGAAGGGACUUGGCAUUGACUCUGUGAGAGGGUAAUCCGUGGAAUCAUGGGACUAACGCACAAAGUGGACCUUUCUCCACGCUGUCAGUGCGCUCCUGACCACAGCUAAGAAGCAGUGGCACAGACUGGGAAUUCUGUUGGGAAUACCGCUGUGAUUUAUUUCUUUUUUUCUCCCACAUUCUGAUGCUGAUCGGAACGCCGGACAUAGCAAGGUGGCGUUCGGCGGUUGAGCCGCGCGGCGUGUGAGCUGCGGGUGGCCGUGUUGGUGUACCGGAGUACCCGUGAUUGUGUGUGAGGGUGUGUGUGUGUGUGUAUAUGUGUGUGUUUUGAAUCUGGGACACACUGGCAUGCUCUUGCGACCGACAGUUCCGGGGCUGUGCGCGAUGUUGCAGACCAUCUAUGAGACAGAAUCCUGCUUCUCCACAGACACACACAGCACAGCCAGCCGGGAGCAGCCCACCGACCUGCUGCCCCACAACCACUCCAACAACAUGAGCAGCACUGCGGUGGAGGUGAAGAGCUCGCUGUCUCCUGGCAUGCAGAGUCCAGUGGGCGGUGGAGGAGGAGGCGGGGAGCAGGGUGGAGGAGGCGGUGGUGGAGGCGGAGGAGGAGGAGGUGGAGGAGGAGGAGGAGGAGGGCCGGUGGACCUGCGGACGGACCCUCGGCUAAACGCCCUGAGCGGGAUGGACCCGGCGCUGAGGGAACAGCAGCUCCAGCACGAGCUGCUCCUGUUGAAGCAGCAGCAGGAGCUCCAGAAGCAGCUGCUCUUCGCCGAGUUCCAGAAGCAGCACGAGGUCCUGACCCGCCAACAUGAGGUCCAGCUGCAGGAGCACCUCAAGCAGCAGCAGGAGCUCCUGGCAGUGAAGCGUCAGCAGGAGCUGGAGCAGAAGAGGAAGCUGGAGCAGCAGAGGCACGAGGAGCUGGAGAAGCAGAGGCUGGAGCAGCAGCUCAUCAUGCUCCGCAACAAGGAGAAAGGCAAAGAGAGUGCCAUCGCCAGUACCGAGGUCAAACUGAAGCUCCAGGAGUUCCUGCUGAGUAAAAAGGAGCCCCUCUCUGGCGGACUCAACCAUUCCUUCACCCAGAAGUGCUGGGGUGCUCACCACACGUCUCUGGACCAGAGUUCCCCGCCACAGAGCAACACCCCAGGCACCCCCCCAUCUUACAAACUGCCCCCACUGCUGGGGUCCUACGAGGGCAAGGAUGACUUCCCUCUCCGCAAGACUGCCUCUGAACCCAAUCUGAAGGUGCGCUCACGGUUAAAACAGAAGGUGGCUGAAAGGAGGAGCAGUCCUCUACUCCGCCGCAAGGAUGGGACUGUCAUCAGCACUUUCAAGAAGAGAGCCAUCGAGAUCUCGGUCUCUUCAAUGUGCAGCAGCGCUCCAGGCUCGGGUCCUAGCUCCCCUAACAGCUCCAACAGUGCCAUAGCGGAGAACGGCUCCAGCGGCUCCGUCCCAAACAUCCACGCUGAGCAGCUGCGUUCUCUGCACCAGUCUCUGAAUGCGGACGGAACAGUGAGCCCCCUCAGCCUGUACACGUCACCCUCUCUACCCAACAUCUCCCUGGGUCUGCCAGCUAACGCACACAUCACUGCCCCUCAGAAGCUGAGCGUUCAGCAGGAUGCGGAGCGGCAGGCUCUUCAGUCCCUCCGGCAGGGCGGGGCUCUGACAGGGAAGUUCGUGAGCACCUCGUCUCUGCCGUCCCACGAGCCGGACCCCGCGGCCCCCACAAACAGCCACAGCACACACUCCUCCCUCCUGCAGCACGUCCUGCUGCUGGAACAGGCCCGCCAGCAGAGCGCCUUGCUCGCAGUGCCCAUGUAUGGCCAGUCACCCCUGGUUACAGGCGAGCGCGUGUCCAAUAACAUGCGAACGGUGACCAAGCUGCCCCGGCAUCGUCCACUGAGCCGCACACAGUCGGCCCCUUUACCGCAGACGCCUCAGGCCCUGCAGCACCUCGUCAUGCAGCAGCAGCACCAGCACUUCCUGGAGAAGCAGAAACACUACCAGCUCAACAAGAUCCUUUCCAAAGGGGCGGAGCUUCCCCGCCAGCCUCCUACCCACCCGGAGGAGACGGAGGAGGAGCUCACGGAAACAGCAGAGAUGUCAGAGGAGCGAGGGGAGGGACCUGAGCAUGUGAGACAGGGGCUUCAAAAGGACAGCUCUGGCGAGACCACGCCCCCUUCGGAACGAGUGGUCACUCUGAAGGGUGAGAGCACGGAGAGCGACCUGGAGGAGGAGGACGAUGAAGAUGAAGCCAUCGAGCUGAAGGAGUGUGAUGAGGAUGCUCCAUACGGACAGUUCUCAGAUCAGCAGCACCUGCAGCAGCUGAAUGUAUUCCAGGCUUCUCUGUCCAUUACGGGAAUGCCCCACAGGCCGCUGGGACGGGCGCAGUCCUCCCCCAUCACCUCCAGUCUUAAAGGGACGCCCAUGGGCGAGUUACCCAUCAAGCACCUCUUCACUACAGGGCUGGUGUAUGACACCCUCAUGCUGAAGCAUCAGUGUAUGUGUGGGAACACACACAUCCACCCCGAGCACGCCGGUCGCAUCCAGAGCGUGUGGUCCAGGCUUCAGGAGACCGGCCUGCUGGGCCGCUGUGAGAGGAUCCGAGGCAGGAAGGCCACGCUGGACGAGAUCCAGACGGUGCACUCUGAGUACCACACGCUGCUGUACGGAACCAGUCCUCUCAACAGGCAGAAGCUGGACAGCAAGAAGCUUUUAGGUCCAAUCAGUCAGAAGAUGUAUGCUGUUCUACCCUGUGGAGGCAUUGGGGUGGACAGUGACACGGUGUGGAAUGAGAUGCACUCCUCAGGCGCUGUGAGAAUGGCGGUGGGCUGCGUCAUCGAGCUGGCCUUUAAAGUAGCAGCUGGAGAGCUAAAGAACGGGUUCGCGGUGGUCCGUCCUCCCGGGCACCAUGCUGAGGAGUCCACAGCCAUGGGGUUCUGCUUCUUCAACUCAGUGGCCGUCACAGCCAAGCUGCUCCAGCAGAAACUGGGCGUGGGAAAAAUCCUCAUCGUAGACUGGGAUAUUCAUCAUGGUAACGGGACCCAGCAGGCCUUUUACAACGAUCCCAACGUGCUGUACAUCUCCCUGCAUCGAUACGAUGACGGCAACUUCUUCCCCGGCAGUGGAGCUCCUGAAGAGGUGGGCGUGGGGCCAGGAGUGGGCUUUAAUGUGAACAUUGCCUGGACAGGAGGAGUGGAGCCUCCCAUGGGGGAUGUUGAGUACCUCACAGCCUUCAGGACAGUGGUGAUGCCCAUUGCUAACGAAUUCUCCCCUGACGUGGUGCUGGUGUCGGCUGGCUUCGACGCCGUUGAAGGCCACCAAUCCCCUCUUGGCGGCUACAACGUCACCGCUAAAUGUUUUGGUCACCUAACCAAGCAGCUGAUGAAGCUGGCAGGUGGGCGCGUGGUCUUGGUGCUGGAGGGGGGUCACGACCUUACCGCUAUCUGCGACGCUUCUGAAUCCUGCGUGGCGGCUUUGCUUGGAGACGAGUUGGAUCCACUGCCUCAGCCUGUGCUCCAGCAGAAACCCUGUCCAAAAGCCACAGCCUCCCUUGAGAGAGUCAUUGAGAUUCAGGGUAAACACUGGUCCUCGGUGCAGCGGUCAGCCCCCACAGUGGGUCAGUCUCUGCUGGACGCUCAGCGGCGGGAGAAGGACGAGGCCGACACUGUGACGGCCAUGGCCUCCCUCACCGUGGACACGGAGCAAACAGCAGCCUCCUCACAGAGCAGCAGGGCUGCCGAGGAACCAAUGGAGGAAGAGCCUGUGUUGUAGGAGGAAACACUCCAGCCUGAAUCACCGUGGUGACCUCAGUGUGUGCACACCCGCUCGGCUACACCCGUCAUCCCUCGAGUCACGCCUCCUCUUUCCUCCACCCAGCUUUUUUGACCGGUUCCCUCAGCCCUUCGCUCUUUUCUAGGUGCUUGACGGACGAACGGACAGACGGACGGACACGCGCUCGGUCACCUGACCUCUGCGUUCCCCCCUGAAACCUGCUCAGAACAGGCAACACACCUAUACACCACACACAACGGCGGCAAAGGGGGAGCGGGCGGACAUCCGGACAGGACAUCAGUCCAUCCGGAAGCGAGACUUCUUUUUUAAUUUUGUGAUUUUUCUCGGGAGGAAGGCCUCGGUUUGAUUUUUUUUUUCUUCUCCUUUUGGUGGAACAAGGAAGCCAACAAAAGAGAGAAAGAGAGAGAGAAGGAGAGAAAGAGAGAAAAGGAAUCGAGAAGGAUAUACAAAAAAAAACUACAUAAAAAAAAAAGACAUGCAAACAAACAUAAUCGCUCUGGGAUGUUGCAAAGCUGCAGCAGCAGGAAAAGAGAACGAGAGGAUGGAUGGAUGGAUGAAUACAUAAAAAAAGCUACAUUUUACAGGACAUUUCCCGUACUUAUAUUCUUUAUAUACUUUACGGAAAAGAUGUUUAACAUGGAAAAAGCCAACAAGCAGCAAAAAUAAUAUUUUCACACAGACACACAUACAUUUAAAAAACACACACAGAACACUCUAAAACUGAAACUGAAACUGUUGGGACUAGCGCGCUGAAACUAGCUCUUCUUUUUACGUUGGAUUUUAUUUUAAAUAUUUUAUUUUUCACUUUUUUUUGUUUGUUUCACGAAUGUGAGAACCUCUUUAUUCCCUGUCGUGUCUGUCGUCGGGUUCGUACACUCGUCCGUUUGUACAAUAAAUAUCCUGUUCGGGGAAAAAAGCACACAGACAUAUAUGACUAUGAUGAACAUGUACAGGAAUAUUAUAUAUGUAUUUUGUUGUGGUUUUGUGUGUGGUGUACAAACACACUCACACACUCAUACACACUCACACACUUAUACACACAAACACACACACACUUUGUAUUCCCUUUAGAGUGUUUUUUUUUUUUUUUUUUUUUUUUUGGUGCUCAAAAGAGGGGCAAGGUAUUCGACGACGAAUUCGCUACUUACUUUUUUUUUAACACAGAAAGGAAAACCCAUGAAUGGAGUGGAAUACAGGGGUACAGGAGGACGCGUAUUUGACUCAACUACAACUACCAUGUGCACACACACACGUACACACACACACACACACUUACAUUCUCACAUGUGCAUUGACUGAAGGAGUGUGGACGGAAAUACGUGGAACGUUUUUUUUUUCUUCAGUAUUUUUUCUCUCUGAGAAGGGAACGCGGACGAACACUGAAAGAACUCGGUGCCUUUUAUACUAAAAAAUAUAUAUUUAAAAGACACACACACACACACACGAUCCAACACCACCAUACUGCAUCGAACAUUCACAGUAAUAUAACUCUCGUUUGUUUUCGUUCGUUCGUUUUGUUUUAUUUCCUGUUUCCAACUGCCUUAAUUUUUUUAAGAGAGCGCCGUUCUACUUUUCAACCUUGCUUUUUAUUUUGUUCGUUUUGUUUGUUUUGGGUUUUUUUAUUUUUAAGCCGAUUUUUAAGCAGAUGUAGAGCACAGUGGGGACCCUCCCGGUCUUCUUUUUUUUUUUUCGUCCUUUUAUCUUGUCCCUCACUCGUCUGUCUUUCUUUCUUUCUAUUUCUUUUUUUUUCAGGGUGUACAUGGUAAAAGGUCGACGUGUUGACCUUAUGGUUGACCUUAAGCCUUUUUAUUAUUAUUUCUCAAUAUGGAAUUAACGAUAAUAAUGAUGAUGAUGAUGAAGGUGAUGAAGAUGACCAACCAACUCUUGUCGUAAUUUUUUGUUUUGUUCUGUUUUGUUUUGUUUGUUCGUUCGCUUGGGUCACUCACUCACUUUUUCUUCUUUGUAAAUAACAUUUCGGCCUCUCUUCUCUUUCUUCGGACGUCUUUGCGACUUCUGCGGUGAUUUUCCACGAAGUUUUCUGAGGACUUUAAAACUUUUAAAGUGUUUCGCUCACUUUUAUAUAUGAAAAAAAAAUCGAAAAUCUUCUCUCUCUCUCUCUGUUGUUUAUUUUUGUUUGUUUGUUUGUUUUCUAUACAAAAACUUUAGAAAGAAAUGAAAGAAAAACGACUCUCAGUGUUAAUCUGCUCGGUGGUGGAUUUGGAGUGUGAUGUGCUGGGUGCAGUUGUUUGUUAGUUGUUGUUGCUGUCGUUUUUUUAUUUUUUUUAUUUUAUUAUAUAUUUUUUUGUUGUUUUUUUUCUUCACCCCUUUUCUUUUCUAAGUGACGUUGUUGUGUGUCGUGUCACUGCGCGAUGAAUGUGGCAUCAGGGUUUUUUUAAGGGCAGAUGUACAGAUUUUUUGUUCCUUAAAAGAAAACAACAAAAAUACGGUUUGUUACAUUUAAACAUUUUUUUUUUUUUGUAAUGUAUUACUUAUUGUUAUUAUUACAGGCAAUAAGGUCAAACACCACUUUGGCUUUGAACACUACACACACACACACACACACACUGAUACACACACACUUCUGCAAGAAUAUCGGCCACUCUCAUUGCCCACUGGUAUAGCUUUACUCCUUUGAUUAUUUUUGCACCAGAUAAAUUUUAUUUUCAUAAAAAAAAAAAGUUUUGAAAAAAAAAAAAACUUGUUGACGGUUUUGUAAGCGUACAAAAAAAAGAAGGAGUGGGUAAAGCGCUUGCUGUUCACUGACUUUACCUUUAAACAAGACAGCGGACGCUCUUCUGCAGGAAACAUUCGAAGUGUCUCUUUGGGCCAAUUUCAGUCCAGCCUUCUCUGCGAAGAAAAAAGAAAAAACGCGAGCGCAGGCAUUUUCUCCUGCUCUGAUUCUCUAAAAAGAAGAAAGAAGUUUUAUUAAGGGAAGAAAAACAAAUUAAACAAACAGAAACAAAACAAAACAAGAAAAAAAAAAACAGUUAAAUACCGUUUUGUUUAGUUAAGUUCAGACAGUGGCAUGUUUGUAGCUUCAGGGCUGAACUUGGCCCGAAGAUAUUGUUGCAAAUAUACACUCAAACACACAUAUACACACACACAUAUAUAUAUAUACACAUAUAUAUAAUAUACUUUAAGACAACACUGCUGUGAGACGCAACUCUAAACUCGACUCUAAAAUCUUCGCUGUAACGUAAAAAAAAACAAAAACAAAAAACAACCUUGUAUGUCUGAAAUGGCAGUGGAUUUUUUUAAAGGAAAGUGAACGUGAAAAGAUUUUAUCCUAAAUUACGUCAAAACUUUUUUGAAACAACAAAAAGGUACAAAAAAACAAGGAAACAGACAGACUAUAUAUAUAUAUGUAUAUGACAUAUAUAUAUAUAUAUAUAUAUAUAUAUAUAUAAACAUAUAUAAACAGCCUACAGUACACGUACCAAAAUUUGGUCACAGGGAAAGAGAAGCUUUUUUUUUUUUAUUCCAGCACGGUCGCCUUUGAUCAGGUCUGGGUCUCGUCUGGUGGUUGACGUUCCCGGCUCUUGUUUGGGUUUGUUUUAUUAUAAUAAUAAUAAUCCUCGUGUGAUUUGUGACAGACUGAUUUUCACAGCCAGGUGGGGACAUAAAGGAAAACAGUUGAAGCGAAAAGCAUUUCUCGACUCUCCCUCCUUUAUUUAUUUGGAGUCGUAAAUGAGCAGCGUGCAGGAUUCUGGAUUACGGUUUCAGGAUUUUGGAUUCAGGAUUGGCGAGGGUUUUCUAGAGCCUUGAAUAAUCGUCUUCUUGUAAAUCUCUUUGGAAUACUUGUGUUGGUUUCACUCGGACUCAGCCUCACAGCCUUUUUGCGGGCAAUAAUAAUUUAUAUCUGUUUGUUGCACAACUCUAAAGCGAAGUUAUGGCCAGUUUUCUUUCCAUCAUCCUCCGUCCUGCUCAGAGAGAACAGCAGUGUUAACGAUUAACCAGUUUUUGACGCAUGUCGUUCACGUCGUGGUCAUUGGCGGCAGUUUCUUGUUUGUUUGUCUGUUUGUUCGUUCGGUUGUUCGAUCGUUUGUUUGUGGGUGGUUGCUUGUCGUUUGUUCCUUUUCUUUGGUGUUGAUCAUCAGCUGUUCCAUUCACUUAGUCGGUGGUCUUCUUCUCUUGGAGCACAUGUGCCCACCCUCCACACACACACACACACACAUAGACACACCCUUUGUGAGUAUGGUAGUAUGGUUGACAAUAUGGUAAUAGGGAUUUUUUUUUUCAUGUCAGUACACUGAAAAAAAAUGGCUUUUUGGUUCGAAUCCCAUUCAUCUAGCUUGCCAUCAGCUACCGGAGCCCUGAGAGAGCACAAUUGGCCUUGCUUUUUCUAGGUGGGAACAGUCGAUGGCGCUCUUUCCCUAAAUCACUUCAAAGGGUGAUGUCGCACAAGCACAAGGCAUCUGUGAGAUGAUGUAUCAGAACCGAGUCGCUGUGCUUUACCCUCCUGGUGUGUUGGGGCAUCACUAGUGAUAGGGGGAGUCCUAAUGAGUGGGUUGGGUAAUUGGCUGUGUAAAUUGGGGAGAAAUAUGGGAAAAAUGAUUUUUAAAAAAUCGCUUUGAUUGGCUGUUGGUUUUACAUUUUAAAAAAUGCUGGUAUGACCCAAAUCAAUUACAUUUGCAUAAUGUUUUUUAAGCUUUCUAGAAUGCCUAAUUAAAAAGUCCUGUACACAUGGUAUGAUACAGUAUUGCAAUUGUGAAUGUAAUACGAUUGAGACGAGAAAUCUGAAUCAUGUUUAUUAAUUAAUAUUAAACACUUAUAAAAGGAAAAAUGACAAUACAUGGACCAAUGGAAAACAAAUCGAGCUGAUUCAGGCCACCAUAUCAUAGCAUUUAAAGUGCUAUGAUAUAUACAACUACAAUAAAAAACUUGUGUCUGUAAGUAUGUGUGUGUAUAUAUGUGGGUAUAUAUAGGUGUGUGUGGAGGGGGAAGUGCUAUGGGCUCCACUGUUUUGACAGUAACUACCGCCACCAUGUUUGGCAGCUGCGUUUGGUUUGGUUGUAGGUAACUGAGCAUCACGAGCAUUCUGUGCAGAGUUUUUUAUUGGCUGUGUGUGUUGGUGGACAGUGAAAGACGUUUAAAAAAAGGCUUUUUCCUUUCUUUUCUUUUUUUUUCGUAAAUUUUCUCUGGUCCGAGACGUGGCCCUUUUUUUAUUUAAAAAAGGGGCCUUUUCUUUCUUUCUUUCUUAUUUUCUUUCUUCAGAGUGUUGACCGAACGCGUCAGGCAGACAGGAGAAGCAGUGUGUUGAGUUUUUUGGGGGAGUUUUGAGGAAUGUGGUCCUGAAACACAUCCACAGCAACUGUUUCUAAUGACUUUUUUCUUAAAAUAAUGUAAAAAAAAAAAAAAGACAAAACAAAAAAAAAAGAGGCAACAAUAUGAAGAGGGCCUUAAGGUGGACACUGGGAGACCUCUUUGUGUGUAAAAGCUUAUCGACAUUCACCGUUGAAGAUCAGCUUUGUUGUCGCCGCCACACUAUUUUGCUAUUCAGUAAAUAUGUAUAUUUAUUGAUAUUUCAUAUGUUGUGUAUAUGUAGUGCCCUAUGAUCGUCGAGGUUCAGAGUACUUGUAUAUUUUUUGACUUUUUUCGAACGAGAGGUUGUCUAUUCAGUCGUCCCUCCAUUGCUCUGGUGUUCUCCGUCGCCACUCUUCGUGAUUGGAUGUUUGAAUACGUGACCGUCUUUUAACCUUACAUUUUUAAUAUUCUCUCUCUCUCUCUCUCUCUAUUUCACUCUCUGUCUGUCUUUCUCUCUUUCUUUCUUUCUUUCUUUCUUUCUUUCUUCUGGUCAUAUUGAUAUGCAGAAGUUGAAAUUAUGAAAAAGCACAUUCCUUAAUUUUUCUUGUGUUUCUCUUUUGAUGCUUUCAUGUUGCAACAAUACAAAAGGUGUGUAUAACUAACUGCUACACACGUGUAUAUAGAGUGCAUAUAUGUGUACACAUGUGCAAUACACGCUAUUUGAGCAAUCUAUUACUGUGAUUAUAAUUCAUUAAAAUUGCUGUCCCUUUGAA